CUUCAUUCGUUUCAAUGUUCGGGAUUUUGUGUGAUCUUUUCCUUGUCACUGGGUUGCAAGCAAAGCUGUGACAGUGAUGGAAUUGGCCAGGAAGGAGCUGCAGGUGUUUAUCAUUUCGUGUAUCUGUUCAGAGAGCGACAGCUGCUGUUAUAAGAGAGGACAAAAUCAAAGGAAGGACAAUGCAUCUUUAACGGGAGGUGGCAGCAAAGAGCUAGCGUAACUGUGGCUUGUUGGGUGACCGGUUACGUUCAUCGGAGCUGAACUCUUCACAAAGAAUAACGUCUGUUGCAGAUGGAGAGAAGGAAGACCCCCAGAUUCCCUGCUAUGAGAAUGAAACCACAACAUAGUCAAAGCUCCCUGUAAAACAAAGUUCAUAAUCAUCAAGUAACUGAGGAUUUGUGAAUCGUAACUCUAUCUCCAGAGACAGGCAGUUGUAGCAGGCAAAUCAGGAAUCAGGACAUAUCCUUCUGCAUUGGUGCUUAGCAGUGUCUUUAUUGCGGGAAGAAGAGGAUUUCACUGAAAGGGUAUUUCCUGAAGACCUUGGAAACUGCUGUUGAUCACUUAUCUCAGCAUCGCAACAAAAGGAGAGCUCUGAAUCUCUCAAACAGUGCAACUGUGCCUCAGCAAUGGAUGUCCUGCUUUCCUCAAAUUAUUCGUAUUAAACACUUCUACAUUUUCAGCAGUGAAGGUGCUUCUGCCCAGGUUUGGUACUUCUCCAAAGGACGAUGGAACAGUGUCCACAUUCAACUAAAUAUGACCAAUAAUCUUUGGCAUAAUCAGUUGAAGAAAUCCAGAAGAGAACCAAGCCAGGUGUUUCACCCUGUCGGCUUUGAUGAAGAACAACAGUAACUUUUUCUGCAAUGGUUACAUGAGCUACGGUGACAUCCUGGCAAAAAUUGUUUGUAUUCUGUCCACUGUUGAAUCAUAGAAGGGAACAAAAAACUGGAAAAGGUGAUAAAACAAAACAUGAAUUUUUUCAUUAAGUUUCGGAGGCAUUUGCGAAGGAUGGUAAUCUUACUAGCCGCCUUUUGCAUGGUGAGUGUUAUUAUAUCAGCUUAUUACCUGUAUUCUGGCUACAAACAAGAGCUGGAACUUUCGAAGCCAACUCCAGAACAAGAUUGUGGAGAUCUCAAACUCCUACCAUACAGAUUGUUUGAAAUGAAAACUGCAAAGCCCAUUGACACGUCGAGAGCAGACCCUAUGGCCCUGGUGUUUGUUGAGAGUCAAUAUUCACAGCUUGGGCAAGAAAUUGUGGCAAUUUUAGAAUCAAGCCAUUUUCAGCACCACACUGAAAUUGCGCCUGGCAAAGGGGACAUCCCUGCCCUUACAAACAAAGACCGGGGAAGAUAUGCACUUAUUAUAUACGAAAACAUUUUGAAAUAUGUGAAUAUGGACUCCUGGAAUAGAGAGCUGCUAGAUAAAUAUUGUAUGGAGUACAAUGUUGGCAUUAUAGCAUUCCACAAAGCUAACGAAAAUAGUUUAUUGAGCUCACAGCUGAAGGGCUUUCCCUUAAAUUUGCACACCAACCUUGCGCUUAAGGACUGCUGUAUAAACCCACGGUCACCUUUACUGCACAUCACCAAAGCUAAAGAAGUUGAGAGAGGCCCAUUACCAGGAGAGGACUGGACUGUGUUCCAGUCCAAUCACUCUACCUAUGAGCCUGUGUUGCUGGCCAAACCAAGAUCCACUGAAAACAUUCCGUAUCCGAUCAUGGAAGAAAUUCUGCACGCCACGGUGGUUCAGGAUCUGGGCCUAUAUGAUGGAAUUCAGCGAAUUCUUUUUGGCAACAAUCUGAAUUUUUGGCUGCACAAACUUAUUUUCGUGGAUGCAAUCGGUUUCCUUUCAGGGAAGAAAUUGUCACUCUCUUUGGAAAGGUACAUCCUGGUGGAUAUUGAUGACAUUUUUGUCGGGAAGGAAGGAACAAGGAUGAAUGUUAACGAUGUAAAGGCAUUACUUGAGACGCAAAACCUCUUGCGCACCCAGGUUCCCAACUUUACCUUUAACCUUGGAUAUUCUGGAAAAUUCUACCACACAGGUGGUAGAGGUCGCAGGUUUGGAAGGUGCUGUCGAAGGAACCUUGGGACAUUUGCAGAAGAUGAAGGAGAUGAUCUGCUGUUAAAGUAUGUGAAUGAAUUCUGGUGGUUCCCCCACAUGUGGAGUCACAUGCAACCUCAUCUCUUCCACAAUGAAUCAGUGCUGGCCGAGCAAAUGAUUCUCAACAAGGAGUUUGCAUUAAAACAUGGCAUUCCUAUUGAUAUGGGCUAUGCCGUGGCACCACAUCACUCUGGAGUCUAUCCAGUCCACGUGCAACUCUAUGAGGCUUGGAAGAAGGUGUGGGGUAUCAAAGUGACCAGCACUGAAGAGUAUCCACACUUGAAACCAGCGCGAUACAGACAUGGCUUCAUCCACAGUGGCAUCAUGGUACUUCCACGACAAACUUGUGGCCUUUUCACCCAUACCAUAUUCUACAAAGAGUACCCUGGAGGCCCGAGAGAACUGGACAAGAGCAUCAGAGGGGGAGAACUUUUCCUCACUGUUCUUCUUAAUCCAAUCAGCAUAUUUAUGACACAUUUAUCCAACUAUGGAAAUGAUAGACUGGGACUCUAUACGUUUGUGAAUUUGGCUAAUUUUGUCCACUGCUGGACCAAUCUGAAGCUGCAAACCAUGCCUCCUGUACAGUUGGCGCACAAGUACUUUGAACUCUUUCCAGAACAAAAGGACCCACUCUGGCAGAAUCCAUGUGAUGAUAAACGACAUAAGGACAUUUGGUCUAAAGAGAAAACCUGUGAUCGUUUACCAAAAUUUCUGGUUAUUGGACCCCAGAAAACAGGCACCACAGCCUUGUACUUGUUCCUAAUUAUGCAUCCAGCCAUCACCAGUAAUUUCCCCAAUCCAAAGACCUUUGAAGAAGUGCAGUUCUUCAAUGGGAAUGCCUAUCACAAAGGAAUUGAUUGGUACAUGAAUUUUUUCCCCAUCCCUUCCAACGUAACCACAGACUUUUUGUUUGAGAAAAGUGCGAACUACUUCCACUCGGAGGAUGCUCCAAAGCGAGCUGCAGCCCUCUUGCCAAAGGUGAAGAUAAUCACCAUUCUCAUCAACCCUUCAGAUCGGGCCUACUCCUGGUACCAGCACCAGCGAGCACACGAGGAUCCCGCUGCUCUUCGCUACAGUUUUUAUGAGGUGAUCACAGCAGGUCGGCGGGCUGUUCCUGAGCUUCGGGCCCUCCAUAAUCGGUGUCUGGUGCCUGGAUGGUAUGCAGCUCACAUCGAAAGGUGGCUCACAUACUACCCAACUAGGCAGUUACACAUUAUAGAUGGGCACAAGCUGAGGACUGAUCCUGCUGCAGUAAUGGAUGGUGUGCAAAAGUUCCUUGGAGUUUCCCAAUACUACAAUUAUUCUCAGGCCCUCACGUUUGAUCCGCAAAAGGGCUUCUGGUGCCAGUUGCUUGAAGGAGGGAAGACAAAGUGUCUAGGGAAAAGCAAAGGCAGAAGGUAUCCAGCGAUGGAUUUAGAGUCUAGAACAUUCCUCUCACGAUACUACAAGGACCACAAUAUUGAACUGUCCAAGCUGUUCUAUAGGCUGGGUCUGCCGUUGCCAUCUUGGUUAAGGGAGGAGCUACAAAAAGUGAUGAGAUAGUUGUUGGAAAACUGGAAGCAAAUCACAGUUGUCCUAUUAUCAGUCCCAACACACAGCACCCCCAUCAAGCCCACUCCUAAGCUGGGAGUGACUGCCAAAAAAAAAACCACAACUUUCUACUAUACCUCUACAAACAGAAAGUAUUCUUUAAUCUUUCCAUGUGCUGGCAUGUGGUACUGUGAAGCUGACAGCAGUCGAGAAAGUGUGGGUCAACAGCCUAUGGCUGAAUUAUAUGUUUAACUGGUGAUAUUUUGUGAGGGUUCAGUCUGUGUCCCCCCCACCCCCCACAUCACCUCCUUUCUGAGGAUUGAAUGACUUAUUGUAAAGAUAGAAAAAUGUGACUGUUUUUUUUGUAAAUGAAACCUGUACAGUGCUGGUUAACUGUCUGGUAUCUGCAGUGAAAUAAAUUGCACUAUGUUACUUUUACUGCCAUGCAUAUAAAUUAAACUGAAAUCAUAGUCUUGCUAUUAUAGAUCUGUGUUUUAAAAUCUCUGGAGUUUCCAAUCCUUUUGGUUUGUUUAUUCAGUAAAGACAGUUUACAUUGAUUACAAACAACCCUCAACAUAAUUUGCCUAUGUAAUAACAAUCAUUUUCCUAUGUUUACUGUUGAUGCAGCAAUCUCCUCAGAAGCUAAUUUACUAAGUCUCAAUGAACAAUGUAUGAGAUGGAAGUGUUACUGAUAACAAGAUAUCAUUAAAGAUCCUUAAUGUCCCACUCUCACUUAGGGACAGUAUUUGGUGAUAUAAUCAUGAAUAAAAAAAUGUCCCAUCUGAAAUAAAGAUUCAACAAAAACAUCAAAAUAAGGACAAGCUUACUAGACUUGUAGCAGCUGCUGGUAACACUUCCUUCUCUGCCAGGACAGAAACAACUAAAAAAAUGAGCUACAUCGAAUUUGCAAUAUAGCAUCUACAUAACUGUACCACUUCUCUGAGACAUAUGUGACAUGUGUUACCCAUCCCCUUUUCUCUCUCAGAUGUAAGUGAAGGAUUAUACAAAAAGUUGCUGGAUAUAUAUUUUAAUUAUAUGUCUUUACAGAAGGACAAGAUGUGAAUGUGAGCAUUGCAGAAAAAAAAGGAAGAUUGUGCUUGCUCCUACAACAUGUAAAUGUGGACAAUGGGCACAUAUGAUUCAUUCAGAUACAAAAGAAAUGGAGAACUAUAUCUCUUUGGCAUGGAGUGGUAAACUUUGUUGCUUUGAUGAAGAGUUACUUGACUAACAAGCAAUGUGAGAAGUGAAAGCUGUUUUAGGGAGAUUUUUCUCUGCUUGUGGUAAAAAUAUAGAAGACAUGCAAUACAACUGUCCUGGAAAGAUACUGCAUUGUCACUUAUCAUUGCAUCCCCCAAAAUGGCAAAGCAAAAUAUGCUUAUAGUUGGCUACAUGGCAACCUGGAGAUGAGACACCAGGUUGUACAGCAUCUUAUCAAGUGGCUUCAGCAGCAGUAUCUUCAAUGGAAGAUGUUGGAAAGACAACACUGCAGAGCAACAGGUAAUAUCAGUGUUAAACUGCAAUGAAUAUAUAAAAUUUAAAGUGUAUCAGAUGGAACGACAACAAGUAACUGCCAGAAAAAUGUUUCCAAAACUCAGUCCAGCCUUAUCUGACAGCAGCUGAGGACCCCUUUAAGGAUGGUUAGAAUUGGAAUGCAACUUUCAAUUUAUAACACACACAGUUGGUGAACUAGAGCAGGAACUGGAGAUAUUCAGGUGGACAGUGACAAAAUUAGUCUUGGAGUCUAAAUUGCGCUAUGUGUCCCUGUCGACUUGGACCCAUGCAGCUCCUGUCCGGUGCUGACAACUUCAAUUCAAUUACAUCCAAAAACUGACAGAUUAGAACAGCAAUAAGUUGGAGGUGUACCAGCUUCAAACACAAAUGGGACAAAAAUAUGGGAAACACUCCCAUUUUUAAAAACAUAUCUCCAGAAACUUCUUUGAUCAAAGGUCCAUAACCUGUUUCAUCUGUGACUACGAAUGGUUCUAUGCUGAUCUGCUAACACAAGAACAGCAUAGAACCAUUCAUAGAUCUAUGAUUAAUGUUUCAAAGUGGUCCCUAAACUGAUGUUGGUAUUUUCACACUCUUAUUGUACUCCAGGGAAAUAAUGCAGCAAUUAUACCAUGUACUUGUGCCAGUGUUGUGUUACACGAACAGCAAGAAAUCCAGCAUCAGCUGCACAAUUUCAUUUCUCCCACAAAUUCCAAGGUAUUUGAACCAAACAGAAGAAACUUGCCUUGAAAAUAUUUUGACUUUCAAGCUUCCACCAUGAAAUGUCCUUUUGUUAUCUGGCUCACACCCGUAGUGCUACAGAAACAAAUUCUCAGUUAAGUAACUUGAAAGCAAAACAUAUGCAGUUGCAUUACCUUUGUGUACUUACUCUAUUCCUGGUCUGUCAUGAAUGCUAGUUUAAACAACCAAUGGUUAUAUAGGUAUGGGAAUAAUCAACAACACUCAGAAUAGAUGUAGACUGUGAACUAUGGAUGCUGAUCAUCAUUGUUAUGUGCUUUUUGUUCUUCAGGUAUGUACAUAAUUGAUGAAUAAGAGAUAUCAAGUCUUUAACGUUUUACAGGUUGUUGCCCUCCAGAAGAUAACUACUAAAUUAAUCUGGUUCAGUCUCUGAAAUUAUUUUAUAAAAUACAGUUCUGAAUGCGGUUGUUGACUUGCUCACCAU